GGCGGGAUGGAAAUUACUGGCAUCCAUCAUCGAAUCCAAUUCAGCCUGACCCUUCAUUGUUGCCCGGGCUCUUUUCUUUCUGCGCCCUGCAAAUGUCACAGGCACGCUGCCCUCAGAUGGAUGGAUGGAUGGAUGGAUGGAUGGAUGCUUGGUUGGAUGAUCAGAGAGACAAUCAGUCAGGCAAACGCAACGAGCAUCUGCCCGGUCUGAAACAUUCUUACAGCCUGUUUGUCGGACGUUGGAGUGCCGGAGACUGCCUCCAGUCCGCUUUACGGACUUCUUUCCUCAGUAUAUAUGACGCACGCAUGUGUGCUUGAUAGCACCCCCCCUCCCCCUUCCAAAACAUUUCCAGCUGAAAUUCUCAGCAUAGAUUGUCAUUCAGACCCCGGUUGUCUCUUGUCAAGUCUUUG